AUGUUGUUGAAAGCUGACAUAGAGCGCUUUGCUUGUUGUGUGUGGAAUGUGUGGAAACUACGUAACGACUCUUUGCAUGGAAAACAGAUUACACGGUUGGAUAAUAUGGUGGAAAACAUGAUGGAGAUGUUGGCGGUGUUCAAAUCUUGUGAGGAGGGGUCCAAGCUCCCCUUCGUACCUCAAUGGGUCCAUUGGUUGAAACCACAGGUAAAUACUUUUAUUCGUAACAGUGAUGGGGCUGUGGGUCGUGAGCAAAGUGGUCGGGGUCUGGGGGGAUGCUGUCGUGAUCAUGACGGAAACUUUAUCUAUGGGUUUGCUUCUGGCAGUCCACCUGGUCUAGAUGUUUUGGGCACUGAGUUGGCAGUUGUCCGAGAAGAUGGUUUGGAUUGGUGGAGUAAUAUUGGCAAUGUGGUGGAGGAUGUUCGUCUGUUAAUGGUUGAACGAGAGGUGGGUGGAGUGUUUUAUCAACAUCGAAAAGGCAAUGGGGUGGCACAUGGCCUAGCCCAGCAUGGAUUGAGAGUGAGAUCUCGACUUUUCUAG